CUUCAGUUAUGGUCCGGUGGUACAUCCCGUGUAGGGGCUUGUCCUCCCAUGAUGGUCCCUCUUCCAGCGCCUCAUCUUCUUUAUGGCGCCGACAGGUAUGGCAGCCUCGGUCACACGCUCCCUAGUAUUAUCCCUGCUUUUGUUAUUUUCGUUUGUUUUUGGCGACCCUGAGCGGCUUACUUACACGAGGGAAAAGUUGCUGCGCAUUGGGGAGUCUACGCUCGGUCUUUUUUCACCAGCACACGAAAAUCCACAAGGUUUUUCGGAGCUAAUCGCGAGCGGAGCGGCUGCGCUGUACGGAGCAUGGAGACGCCGCCGGAGGAGGGGGAAGCGAGCCGGCGUGCUCGUCAAGCUCAGGCAGCGCGGAUUUCGAACCCCGCUCCCAUCGAUCCAUCUUGCUAAUCUACGAUCUCUGCCAAACAAGAUGGACGAACUUAUUCUCCUCACAAAGACCAACAAAACAUUUGCACGUUCUGCUGCGCUCUGCUUCACUGAAACCUGGCUCAGUGACCGCCAUCCAGAUCCCGCGCUACAUCUACCCGGCUUCCGCCUUCUCCGAGCCGACCGCGACACGGAGCUAUCGGGGAAAUCGAAGGGUGGUGGGAUUUGCUUCUAUAUCAACGAAGAAUGGUGCACUGAUGUCACGAAGCUCGACGCACACUGCAGCCCGGACCUGGAGUCGCUGUCUUUAAACUGCAAGCCAUUCUACUCGCCACAUCCACGAACAGGACGUGAGACGGCUCUUCAAGCAGCAAAAGAUCAAGAAAGCUCCGGGGCCCGACAAAGUGUCCCCCUCCUGCCUGAAAGUCUGCGCUGACCAGCUGGCUCCGGUCUUCACACAAAUCUUCAACAGAUCCCUGGAGCUGUGUGAGGUCCCAUCCUGCUUCAAACAGUCUACCAUCAUCCCAGUUCCCAAGAAAUCGGCAACAUCGGAACUGAACGACUACAGGCCUGUCGCCCUGACGUCUGUGGUCAUGAAGUCCUUUGAACGCCUUGUGCUGAAUCACCUAAAGAACGUCACUGGACCCCAGCUGGACCCUCUCCAGUUUGCCUACCGGGCAAACAGGUCUGUGGAUGACGCAGUCAACAUAGGUCUGCACUACAUCCUCGAGCACCUCGACAGCACAGGGACCUACGCAAGGAUUCUGUUUGUGGAUUUCAGCUCUGCGUUCAACACCAUCAUCCCGGAACUCCUCACCCCCAAACUACUCCACCUCGGUGUGUCCCCUACGAUCUGCCAGUGGAUCCUCAGCUUCCUGACGGGACGGACACAACAGGUGAGACUGGGAGCAACAACAUCAUCAAUACGCACCACCAGCACUGGAGCCCCACAGGGAUGUGUCCUCUCGCCACUGCUCUUCUCUCUCUACACAAACGAUUGCACCUCAACAGAUCCAGCUGUCAAACAUAAAGUUCGCAGACGACACCACGGUCAUCGGUCUCAUCAAAGACGGCGACGAGUCUGCGUACCGCCAACAAGUGGAGCAGCUGGAGCUCUGGUGCGGCCGACACAACCUCGGGCUGAACACGCUCAAGACUGUAGAGAUGAUCGUGGACUUCAGGAAACAUUCUUCUCCUCAGUUGCCCCUCACACUAUCCAACUGCCCUGUGUCAACCGUCGAGACCUUCAAGUUCCUGGGAAUCACAGUCUCCCAGGACAUGAAGUGGGAAGUCAACACCAUCUCCAUCCUGAAAAGGGCCCGGCAGCGGAUGUACUUCCUGAGGCUGCUGAGGAAGCAUGGCCUGCCACAGGAGGUGCUACGACAGUUCUACACUGCAGUCAUCGAAUCAAUCCUGUGUUCUUCCAUCACGGUUUGGUUUGGGGCCGCCACAAAAAAGGACAAAAUCCGACUUCAACGGACAGUUAGGACGGCAGAAAAAAUCGUUGGCACCGCCCUACCCACUCUUGAGGACUUGCACACUGCAAGAAUCAAGACAAGGGCACGGAAAAUCCUCCUGGAUCCCCCGCACCCUGCCCACCACCUUUUUCAGCCACUCCCCUCAGGCAGACGCUACAGAUCCAUGCGCACCAAAUCCAGUAGACACUUAAACAGCUUCUUCCCUCUAGCCAUUAACUCCUUAAACAGUCACUGACGUAGUCACUCUUCUUGCACCACAAAAUGGUACUUCAAAACUAGUGGUUACUCUAAAAUGGUUCAAUGAUUUUGUUGUUUACGAUGAUACUAGUGCAGCGUGUUAUACCGGAGACAAAUUCCUUGUGUGUUCUACAUACUUGGCCAAUAAAGAUGAUUCUGAUUCUGAUUCUGAUUCUGAUUAUG